GAGUUCCAUGUUCGUCUUGCCAUGAAUCAUUACCAAGGAAGGACUGUGCUGCAGGCAAGUCAGUUCAGGCACCUCCAAUACAAGUAGAUAAGUCAGAAGAAGUGACUGUACCUGACAGCAUGUUUAUUUGGUGACUGUGCUUUUAGCUUGCUGGGCUGACCAAUAAGACAAGGUUAUGUUUUAGGAAAAUACCAUCCAUGUGAGGUUCAGGAGUCUAAAUUACAGCAAAGUAACAGAGACAGCCGAUGCACGUGAGAAUGACAGGUUACCUCUCUUUCGAGUCAGGUACUUAUAUGGGCAUGUCACCAGGGGGGCAAGUUACCACUAGUGAUGCCUCUUUCUGGCCGUCCUGGGGAUUAGCUCUGGCCAGUCAUUAUGCCCUCCUCCAUCCUCUUGCUGUCUGCCACUCAAGGGGCUCCCUCUUCAUGAUUUGGCGCUCCAGCUGAGUCACCAUGUGUGUUCCCCCUUCCAGGGUGUGUGUAUCAAAGUUCCUCCAUAUGAAAUGGCAGUCUUCCCUUUACUGCUGAAACCAUGCCACUCCUCCAGUAACUGGUAGGGGGACCCGGGCCCUCCUCCUGCUCUGGUUCCUGGCUCAGGGGCCCUCUCAUUGGCAGCCAGUCUGACCUACCUCAUACCUUGUGGCAUUUUCCAUGAGCCUUGCCUACCUCUCUGCGUUUGCCAGCCCAAACUCUCCACUCGAGUAACUGUAGGGUACUUGCCUCUAGCCCCAGACACGCCUCCCUUCUCCCAGGAAGUGACUGCAAACUCCUUCCCUGCAGACCCUUUUCUGCUGCCAUUUUCCUGGCUGUAUAGCUCCAACCCAGCUCCUUCCUCCUCAGCUGGCCGGCCUCAUUCAGUCAGGGGAUUGCUUAGCAACCUGACCCCUCAGUUGUGGCUUGUUGGGUUACACAGGGAGUCUGUGGCAGGUCCAGGGCUUGAACCCAUGUCUUAAAACUAGUCUUCCUACCCUUACCGGUUACAGGGGUCUCUUCAAAUCGUUGCCAGGCUCCAAAACCAGAUCUGCAAGGACAGUCUUGCCUGCAGCCUUCCAUUGUUCUUGGUAGAAAACAAAGGGAUCAGUGAUCCCUUCCCCACUCCCAAUUCUUGUCAGGCAACACGCUGAGCAGAGCAGAUGUUAUGCACAAGCAAAGAAAGUAUCUGUUUGGGACUGGAGUCCUUGGGACUUGGCAGCUCCCAGGCUAGCACUAUCUCCCUCCCUUGCAGGAGGAAAUAGCACACUGCUAGCUCCUGCCAUCAAUAUGCUUAUGAGGGCAGGGAGCAGUGACUUGGCUCCCUGUUCAGGAGGCUCACAAACAGAGACUGACUGGUGCUGAGAGUGCCAAGGUCAUCAUUGCCCAUCUAACCCAUGGGACCCCUGCAGAGAGCAGCACCCACACCUCCCUCCCUGACUAGUGUCAGUUGCUCCCCACAGGGGACUCUUUCUGACUCAGCAGCACUGAUAGGACCAGCUGAAAAUCCUAAAAUUAGAAGCAGUGGCAGUGGGGAAGUGGGACAGAAAGACAACCCUGUAACCAGUUCCCACCGCUGAGCUCAGACUGCCAUGUCACAAAGGAGCUGGGACUGAACUGAAAAUCCCCAGAUGGAGAGCAUGACUGGGGCUGUGAGCGUAAAAGCUCCAGGGACUUGGGAGAAUGUUUCCAGAGAGCAACCUUCUGUGGGUCACUUGGGUCACAUAUGAAUGAUUCUGGGACAGAGAAUAUCUGGGUUUGUGCAAAUUUAUCAAACUACUUUGGCUUAUGUGGAAGGAUCUAAACAUUAAUUUCUACAGCUGCAGUCAAUGUAGGGAAAGGUCCAUGCUAUAAUGUAGGGUUUAUGUGUGGGUUUCCAAUAUACCAGGAAACCUGCACUGACCUACAACUGUGAAGGAACCUUAGAGCAAAUGUAGUGGUCUGAGUCUGACAGGAUUUGUAAACUUAGUGCUGAAGGAAAAUAUUUUAUUUUUCCUGAUUAGCAUGAAGAGUUCAUGCAGAAAGCAGCAUUGCCAAAGUUUCUCCAAAUCAUUAACUUCUAUCCAGUGGGGAAAUUGUAAUUUCAAUUCCCUUAAUUACAGCUUUAAACCAUACACUGUCAACAAAUGCCUCAAACGUGACACCAUUACACCUGGGCAAUGAGGUAGUCCCGCUUGGGUGGACAGGACCAGACCUGUGCACUCAAUAGGCGAUAAACGAGAUGGAAUGAGGCAAUCCUCAGUGCUAAGGGAGCGAAGAGUGGCUCAGAAAACAAUUUGAUUCCCUGAGUAACGAGAUUUGGUGUUAGACACCUUGAGAAAUACUUGAAACUGGUUAUAAUUCAAGAAGCCAAGUCUAAAGAGCAUUUAUAGCACUGAGCUGGGUUUGGGUUGAUUUGUCUAAUGUGGUUCUUGUAUGUUUUCUUGUGUUAAUCUGAGUGAUAUGGAGGCCUCUGAAUGUAAACAGUUCUUAAUUAAGCCUAAAUUGAGCUCAGUCCACAAAAACAAAGACAUGCCCAAAAAUAGUCUCAGAGAUUUAGGGUAACUAAGCUUUGCUGUCCUGUGCAUUGUUUCAGCUUCUGGUUUGUUUAAUUCUGAAAUUUAAUGUAUAAAUCUGAACAUGCAGAAACAACAGUAGCAGUAAAAUCAGAGCUGUGAGAGAGAGACAGGUUGGGAAUGGCUCAGCAUGAGUAAAUUGCCAGCUGUACCUCAUUUAUUAAUCCUUAAGCUGAUCUCGGUGAUCUGAAAGUCAUUGAUUUUGUCUUUGGACCUUCAAGGUUAAAAUGCUUUCAAAUAGCCAAAGUUUGCGGAACAGAUUUGGUCAGAGAUUUUAGUUGUUUUUCUUGCUAGUAGAACAUCUCCAAACAGGAGAGUACUUGUGUGCCUUGGAUCCAUUAUUUACUCACUGGUGGUUUGGGAAAAUUCCACAUCAGGGUGUUUCAGUUUUGAAACUAAUAGUUGUAUUUGUUUAAAGUGCCUUUGCCGUAUGCCCUGUAGUCUGCCGGACAAGAAUUGUACCCACAUCAUCUAGGGUUUGUGGAGGUAGAAUUUAAUGCUAUAAUGUCAUUCCAGUAGAAUCCUAGAUUUGCCCAUGCCCCAUGUGAUCAAGUCCCUUUUUGAUACGUCAUUGGCUUCUGUUUUUAAGGUAUUUUUAUUACAAUGGCAGAAAUGUAUCAGAAUAAGCUCUAUAUGUAGACAUUUUUCUAAUCAAAAUGGGAUAUUUAUAUCCAAUGAGCAGAGUUAUGUUUUUACUGUGAUGCCAGAAAUUAAUCUCAUGUGACCUAAAUCACUGCAGGUACUGUGUUUACAAAGUAGCUGCCAGCAAUUAGACUGUCUUUUCUGUCAAGCAGACAACUAUCAAGCUUGAAAAGAUCUUCACCAUGAUAGGAAUAUGUUCUUGUAUUCAAGGAUCUAAUUUGCUAAUCCUGGUGUUUCCCAGAUAAGAGGCAAGGACACAGAGGUAUUGUGUCCCCUCUUGCUCAUGUCUCAACAGCACACAUGGAAUAGGGGAAAAGCAUGGUUGUUUGGAUAUAAACUCUGCAAAAUUUUAGAUAAUUAAAAACACAAUAUAAAAAAUAGUAGCAUUCUGGUGUGUCAAGAUUGCUGCUGUUCCUGCAAGAGUGGAUGUUUAUAGGGGUUUGUCUCCUUCAUUACCCACUUGUUUAUUUCUGAGCAUAUCUCAGAGAAUCACUACAACGUGCUCAUCUUUAGAAUGACUGAAAAUGAGGCUGGUGUGAGACUAGAGCCAGCUGAGCUCUGUGUAUAUAUGAGGGAGAGCAUGAUCAAAAGAUUAUGGUUUUCAUCCAAGUUUUAGUCUGGGAUUGCUGAUACUACAGGUGAUAAUAUCUUUAUAAAAAUUGUAAAUCCACAAGGCAGUGCAUCAUAUGAUUAGUCCCACUGCUUUCUCACCCCCCAGAUGGCAGAUGGAUGAGGGAAAGUUGGACAGUUGUUAUCUGCAGAGAUUUAUGGGACUGUUGUGGUGGAUGUGAGUGUAUCAGCAGAAUUAAGGUGGGCCCUGUUACUUUUAAUUCAGUUUAUAGUUUGGUCUCUUAGUACACGUUCACUUGCAAAAAUAGGCCCUUUACUUCACCACAAGUGCAAUUCCACUGAUAACAGCAAGAUUGGAAGCUGUAGUGCAGACAGAGCUUUGUCGUCUUUACCACUGCCUUACCUAGCUUUGCUUUGAGCCAUGGUUAGAGGACACAGUGGACAAAGGCAUGCACAUUGCUUGCCAUAGUACUUGUGCUGUCACUAGUACUGGUGGAACUGCAUGGUGCUGAAUGUUGGGUCCCCUUUACAGAGCGCAUGUAUCUGUAAUUUACUACCUGUGUAUGUUGGGAAGCAGAUUCUCACAAUAUGAUAUAAUACAUUUUUUGUAUAUCACUUGCAUACACAUGCUGAUACACACACUUCUUCAAUCCAGCCACAGCUACCCUGGAAGUAAAUUCCAUCUCAUCGUGUUAGUCUGGACUUUCUCCAGCAGGUUUAGAUUCUAGAGAAUAAGUCCUCCCGUGUUGCAAUGGCUCCCACACUUGCUACUGCACAUCGGCGGCGCUGGUGGAUGGCAUGCACAGCUGUUGUGGAGAAUCUUCUCUUCUCUGCUGUUCUUCUGGGCUGGGCAUCACUGCUCAUCAUGCUGAAAUCCGAAGGAUUUUACUCCUACCUCUGUCAUGAACCAGAGAAUUUUACCACCAACUCUGCACAUGGAAACACGACGGAGCAGGAAGCUAUGAUUCGGAUCAAUGGGUGGCUCAUCUGCCCAGAGCAGGAUGAAAUGCUGAACCUGGCUUUCACCAUUGGAUCCUUCUUGCUGAGUGCAAUCACUCUGCCUCUUGGGAUUGUCAUGGACAAAUAUGGCCCUCGCAAACUGCGUCUGCUUGGCAGUGCCUGCUUUGCUGUGUCCUGUGUGAUGAUUGCAUAUGGAGCUAGUAACCCAAAUUCACUGUCAGUGCUGAUCUUCAUCUCACUGGCUCUGAAUGGCUUUGGUGGAAUGUGCAUGACCUUUACCUCACUUACGCUGCCCAACAUGUUUGGUGACCUUCGUUCCACAUUCAUUGCUCUGAUGAUUGGCUCCUACGCUUCCUCAGCUGUCACUUUUCCUGGAAUCAAGGUUAUAUAUGACUUCGGUGUCUCUUUCAUCCUCAUUCUGAUUGUCUGGGCAUCCUGUGCAGGACUAGUUUUCUUCAACUGUUUCUUCAACUGGCCACUGGAGCCAUUCCCAGGACCAGAAGACAUGGACUACACAGUGAAGAUCAAGUUCAGCUGGCUGGGAUUUGACCACAAAAUUACAGGGAAACAGUUUUACAAGCAGGUGACCACAGUGGGACGUCGUCUGAGUGUGGGGAGCUCCAUGAAGAACCCCAAGGAGCUGGUAGCUCAAGAGGGAAACAAACUCUGUCUGUCAACAGUGGACCUGGAAGUGAAAUGUCAAGCAGACGAUGCAGCAUCUCCAUCCUUUAUGCACAGUGUCUUCAGCCCAAUUUUGCUACUCAGCCUCAUCACCAUGUGCGUCACUCAGCUGCGGCUCAUUUUCUACAUGGGGGCCAUGAACAAUAUCCUGGGAUUCCUUGUGGAGGGAGACUUGGAGACAGUGAGUCUCUACACCUCUGUUUUUGGGGUGUUGCAGCUGCUCUGCCUGAUGACUGCCCCCAUGAUUGGAUACAUCAUGGACUGGAAGCUGAAGGAAUGUGAUGAUGGUUCAGAACAGGCUGAUGAGAGUGAUGCUAAUCAAGAUGGUAAAAAAAAGAAAAAACGUGAUCGCCAGAUUCAGAAGAUUUCGAAUGCCACAAGAGCUUUUGUGUUCACCAACAUACUACUAGUUGGAUUUGGAAUUACCUGUCUCAUUCCUAACCUGCCUUUGCAGAUCUUUUCCUUCAUUUUGCACACGAUAGUGAGAGGAUUCAUCCACUCAGCGGUGGGAGGGCUCUAUGCAGCUGUAUACCCCUCAAUGCAGUUUGGCAGCUUGACGGGACUGCAGUCUUUGGUCAGUGCCCUCUUUGCUCUUCUGCAGCAGCCCUUGUUCCUGGCAAUGAUGGGACCAUUGAAAGGAGACCCUCUUUGGGUGAACAUGGGGCUUCUUGGAGUGAGUAUGCUGGGCUUCUGCCUGCCGAUCUAUCUGAUCUGCUAUAAACACAGGCUAGAAAGAGAGAAACAGCAGAGAAGUGAUGAUGCCAAACUCUUCCUCAAAAUCAAUGGCACUCCCAAUGAGGAAGCCUUUGUUUAAGCCAGUGCUUCAAACAGAGCCUCCUCUUCACGAGUUCCCCUGCCACUUCAAUGGGUCUACCUCUGGCCCAAGUCAUGAUCCUUAUCUCCAUGCUCUGCCAGCUUCACACAGCAUGGUCUGCUGGCUUAGAGUAAAGACUGAGUGUGUUUCUGAGACACAUGCCAGGAGGAGGCCUCCCUCUUCUUUCCUUUUCUAAAGCUACACAGAUCACAAAUUGAAUGAGCUGAAGCCUGCCCUAACUGGCACUGUCUUGGCUGCAGGAGAAUAUUUUACUCACCAUUACCAAGCUUGGCUACAGGACACUAGUCCCUUGCUUGAAAUCCCUGUGCUGUGCACAUUGGAAAGGGGACUUCCUGCUGUGUCUUGCAGAAAUAGAUUUUCAGUUCAUUGCUAAACACUAAUCUCUGAGGCUGAACGCAAACUUUUUCUCCAUAUAAUGUAAAGAGAUGGUUAGUGAGCAAUGGAUUCUGCCACAUGUGCCAAAAUGACGGGUCCAGCUGACUGCUGUUCCCCCUCCCCACACUCCAGCAGCCUGAGAGUUCUUUACCCCCGCCUGUAAGCUUUCUCUACAUGGUAAGAUGCCUGCUGUCUUGAACCAUUCAGCUGGAAAUUGGACCUUGUCUGAAGUGCUUUAAGAAGUGUUGCCUUUCUUCUCCUCUCCCUGCAGUGACCCUGGGAGAGGAGCAGCAGCAGCUGGUAGUGUGGAGAUAAUGUUUGAGUAGAGCUGAAAGGUUUUUUCAAAACAGGGUCCUAUGGUGCAAAACAACUUUGUUUCUAGGUGCUGGUUUUGUUGAUUUUAUCUUACUGUUGAAAAGAACCAACAGUGCAGAAAUGGACUUGCAUGUAGUAACUGGAUCCUGUGACCACAUGGAAGAUUGACAUGGUGAGAAUUUCACUAAAUCUCAGCAGGACCUCACAGCAGUAGUCUCUUAACAUCCUGUGCUCAGAGAACAGCCCCCUUUGAGAGAAUCCAUCACUCUGAACUGCUGAACACCAACUUAACUGUAACUGACCAAAAAGUUGCUGGCUGGCAGUGUGAGAGGAGCCUCCUAGGAUGUCUGUGCUCUUUCUGGACAGGACAGAUGGAGAUCACUGACUAUGGGUUGGGUAGACUUCACAGAAAAGUGGACUGGGGGUACCUGAGGAGGUCACUGCUCAGAAAUGGAGAGAAUACAAAGGGAAUUCUUGGCCUCCUUAUCUCUUCUAGCCACGCCUUUCCCAGGCCUUGUCUACACUGGACUUUGUUUUACCAUAACCUUCCUGCUAUUGCUAUCGGUGACUCAGCUCUAUGGUGGGAGCACUAGUGCAGACAAGCUGCCUGUGUUCCAUCUCGACCUGCUCUGAGCAGGGUUACACAACACUGGUUAAAUGCCACUGGCUGGUAUGCAUUAACACUCCUAGUGGCUGGGCUGAGCUAGUGAUUGUGAUAGUGGGGAGAUUAUGGAAAACCCCGAGUCUAGUGUUCUAUGGCAAAUGCGGUAGUGGCGCUUUCUCAGUCUCUCAGUAUCUCCAGUGCCUGGCACAGGGGUGAGUUUCUUGAACUUCACCUCUAAGCCAGGCAGGAAAAGCACAAAACUCUGCUGUCGCUGUCCAGUAACUCCAAACUGGGAUUAAGAAACAAUGGUGCAUCUGAAUGCUCUGUUGGAAGUGACUUUGGAACUAGGGGAGAAGAGGGGGCAUUUGUCAGUGAAAGCCAACACCUUUGCUAUACAGAAUUAAAACAUUCAGGUGAGCAGACUACCCAAGCCCUUUCCAUUCAAAGAGUAAGCUCUGCAGGCAUUCUAAAUGGCACCAUGGAAAAGAAUCACUGUUAGAAUCCUUAACAGACUCUUCACCCUAGUUAGGUUGCCUGUGCAUAAUGAUUGAGCAGCAGCGCCCUCUGGUGUUACUGUAUUGUAAAAUCCCAUAAGCUGUUUACAAAACAAUGACAAAACAUUUAUUUCAGAGCUGCUUGCUUGUUUUGAAUAGAUUCCUGCCACUUAAAGAGUAUAUUUUAAACAUUUGUGGGUUUUUACCUGUUGCCUUUAUCAGUUGUCACACUUCAAAAGCAACCAUGUCUUAUGCUGUAAUACUGCAUCAAUGCAAAAUUACUUUAUUCUAUUCUGGUGGCUUCUUACAAGUUUGAGGAGCUUUGGAGAUCUUUUACUGCCCUUCUCAGCUUCUUUUCCUUGUAUCGAGCAACAAUUAGGGAGUACAGCUCAACUUGGCAAUUUAGGCCUUAAACAGUAGAGAAAAAUCUGAAGAACAUAUGUGCUUGGAAGACACACCAGCAAUAAUUUAAUUUUCCUUGUAAUGACAGUAUUUCUGGAUGGUUUUCUGUAGAUUUCUGCAUUCUGUAUUGCCAAGCAUUGCUACACCUAACUGCUCUGAUAUUGCACACCUGCUCACUCCCGGAUUGUUUACUCAGCAAGGAAAGAUCAACUCACGUAAUGCAUCAGAAUUUUAGUAAAAUCUUUUGAGUCCAAAUUGUGGCAUGAACUGCAGUCAGCUUACUCCAUCAGCUUCGGAGAAUAAUGUGGUAAAGACAGACACCUAAUUUUCAAAAGUGACUGACUAGUAAUUUUAGAUGCCCAAUAUGAGAGUUUUUAAAGGGACCUAAUUUUCACAAAGUGUUGCACAUCCACCCUCCCUAAAACAGGCCCUUUUUAAACGGUCUCUGAGCAUCCAAAGUCAGUAGGUGCUUUUGAAAAUUGCAACGAGAAUCCUUAGUUCCAUGCCUUACGAUUCCAGACAGUCUGAGAAUCACAGCCUGCCACCUGCAUGACCUUACAGCUUAGCUGCAUGGAAACUGUAUUAACCGGGGUCUCAGACUCCUUAGAGGAGAGCCCAAGAUUCUGUUUAAUCACAGUAAGGGGACUAGGAUAUAAAUUCAGGGGGCAUAUUCCCCUUGUUCCACAGCAGAGACCACACUGAUGUUUGUAGGAGGCUCACACAGAAAUCGGGACAAUACAGCAUUUAUGGAAUAACUAAACAUUUAUUCCUGCAUUUACAUCCCCUAAUUGCAACUCCUACUUCCCUCCUAUUCCAGCAAUGCAAUCAUUAAUGUUGACAUAAAUGUGUGAGCUCUAGGCUUUAGAACUGAUACCCUAUUCACUUGAAUAGAAGGCAGAGGAAUUAAUGCUAGAGUCAUUGUUUCAUAGUCUCUGCAGCCUCAGGCUGGCAUUGUGGUGAUGGCUUACAAUUGGUUCAUAGGUAAAAGGUUACCUCUGCCCUCAAGUAGGUUAGAAACAUAAUUUACCAAAAAAUUAAACUGAGAUUGUGGAGAACCUAGUUAUGGGGCUCUCAUGAAUUAGUUACCUGGACCAGAUCUGGCCACAACUGUUAUAAAGCCAGGUUAUCAAAGAUGCUUUAGAAUAUUUAUAUUGUAAAGGGCUAAGAUGCCAUGGUGAUGAGAAACGAGACUUUUAUGUCUAUGUAAAGGUCUAAAUGGACAACCACAAUACUCCCACCCCUACAAUGGUGAAUAUAGUACUUUCCUUUAUAUCAUGUAUAUUCUGCAAGGACACUUCUUACUUAACAUGUCUUGCUAUCAUAAAUUAAGCUGCUCAUGAACAUGUUUCCUUAACAGCAGAGUGAGUUUAAUGAGGUAUUUGUCCUCAGUGUGUCCAGAGGCAUGAUCCAGAGAAGAACCCCUAAUACUGCACAGGUCCUUUAAAUGCAUUAAUGUUGAAAUUCUAGCAAAUGGGUUGCAUCAAUUUCAUAAUCUCCAAUUGCUAGAAAAGUUUUCUAGCAUUCAGAUGCUUUCUGUGCAUCACUCACAACUUCACACACUUCCAAAAAGAGACAUCUCAUCUCAUCAGUGUAUGUCUCCUGUAUGUCAGCAAACAGAAGACUGGCCCACAGCUGGUCUGCAAAUGCUUGUUUCUAUGAUGUGGUUGCCUCUGAGAGUCUGUUUAAGGGGUGCCUGUAUAGAAAGUGUGCAUGCAUUUUGGGGUGGUUCUGGCAUUGAUAUGGGUACUUUUUUGCAUAUGAUUGGUCUUUUUAUUUAGGAUUCUAAAAAUCCAAAAGCUGUAUGGAAAACAUGCGUUAAUAUAUAACUGGCUGGCCAGUGGAUAUUUGCAGAAAACAAAGGCAAACUUUGCUGAGAGUUUCAUUCUGACCUAAACACUUUUGCAGUAAUUAAUAUAACCACCCCCAGCAUAGUGAGAGUGCCUCUACUCCACAGGUCUUUUAGAGGAAAACUGCAAAAUAAUGAGAUUAUAAUUAAAACCACAUCAGUAAAGUAGAAAGCUUCCCUUUUGACAAGCUGACUAGUUUAGGAGACAGAAUACAGAGACAAACAUUGGAAUGCAGGACAAAGCAGAUACUUACAAUAUUUUUGUAGCUACACCUUUCAGUGAUACUUUCCUGGCUGCCUGUAUCCACAUGAAUCUGUAUUCCAAUCUAGAAGUGCAGAGUUAAUAUGAAUUUAUUAAUCUACAUCAAUAGAUAGGUGCUUCUGCUGGGAAGUGGCAGUAAAACAGCACCUUUCAAUGAACUUUCACUUCUGUGGAACUAACUGAAACAAAUACAUAUUCUUACCUACCCCAUCUCUGUGCACACUUCAACCCCCAUUGUCCUGCACUCCACCCAAUCCUGUUCUUUCUGUUUGUCCUCCCUCCCCGGCUUCUUGGAACAACUUUCCAUGUGCCAAGCAAACCUCCCUUUACUUCCUCUAAACUUACUUCUUUUCACCUUUUGAAGCAUUAAUCCCCUCCCAGUGCUGUGAUCAUUCCUCUUUGCCUUUUGUAUUUGUCUGAGUUAUACCAUAUGUUCCUGGGGGGCACGGUCUGUGUCAUCUUAUGUGUUUGUAAAGUGAUGUGUAUUAUUCAAGUACUCAAUAAUAAAUAUGGUAUUAAACUAAUCACUAUAGUCUUUUUGAGGCUGAGCAUCAUAAAGGUAACACCUUGAUCUCUUGGAGGGAGAGGUGGGAGAUGUAAGCAUAGAGGUUACACAGUAUCUUCUGACAAAUGGAUUGUACUGCAGUUUAACCAAAGAGCCACUUUUCCAUCCUCUGUCAAACUAAUGAAAAAACGCCAGACUUCAAAUGCAAAAAGCCCCACCCCAAAGCCAACAGAAAAUUAAGGUUAAAAACCACAAGGGUGGAAAUUAGGACCCCAAUUUCUUUCCCCACCCAGAAACAUGAGAAAAUCUUGUUUAGCAAUAAUUUGUCAGGUUUGCAUCAGACUGAGCCUAGUGCUUUUGGGCACAUUUCUGCUCAAGGUACCAUUUUUCAGAUCAGAUGCAGACUUGGUCCUGACCUCCAUGUAAGUGAGAUGAUAACUUUUGCAAGAGUAUGCAUUGUUAACCCUAGUACUUCUGCAAAAUUCUAGCUCUGGCAAUUCUGUCUGUAUUCCCCUAUGCUGAAAUAGCAUACAGGUUAAAUACAUACGCACCCCAACUUGUGUUUUCUCUCAUUGAAUGCCAAAUCCUUAUUGGAACUAAUGCCUUCUUGAAGGAAAUGUAGUUCAUACCUUUACUGCUAUAUGUUCUUAAAAAUAAGUAUUUGGGUACUUUUUUAAUUAAAAUAAAAUAUUACUAUGUGGGACACUUUUCUGUGUAGCUGAUAUAACAAAGCCCUGUACUUUAGAAGGCUGGUACCUUCAUAAAUAAGUCUUCAUGUGUUUUUGGGUUUUUUUUUUGUUUUUUUUAAUUUCACAUCAUAAACUUGGCUUCCAUAGAAGAUAUUCAAGAUAUUCUAAAUCAUAGCUUUAUUUCGCUGGGCCUGGCUGCAGGAUGGGGUCAUGGUUUUGGCAUAAACAGAUGGACUUUGAGAAUAGUUAUUGAUAGCCAGCUACAUGCCCCAGCUUGCAGACUUUAGCACAGUAACUCACUCUUUCUUUAGUGAGAAGACUGGGAUCAAAAAUAGAAUAAUCUGAGGGAUAUGUAAGUAUCUACUUUUUUUUAAAUGGGAUCCUGCCCUUCUACCAUUUGUGACUGUGGUAUAGAAGGUUGCUGUUGUCAAGAUGAUUCCUGAGCUAAUGGCUGAGUGUUGGGUUAAAGUGUUGUGUGCUGGCUUUGGAGGGUGUGAGGAUAUCUCAUGCAGACUAAUCUGCAGCAGUAUCUUGAGUUUGUAGGAACUAGAGUUUCAACUGCCAAGUAGCAGAAUCCAUCUGGGCUUUAGAGUGGCCAGAACUUUGUUUGCCUCACCCCCUGACUUUGCUCUAGUACUGCUUUCCCCAAGUUCUUGUAAAAAAGGAUUUCUUAGCACUGCUUUGAUCCCAGCUUUAACUGCCAAAAUCGCCACACACACAUGCGUCGUGUUUACUUGAAGCUUUUGUAAAUCUGAAUCACUACUGUGGAAGGCUAAAUGUGGUUAGGUAAAUUAAUGUAAGUUGUGUGUGUGGUUCUUGUAGUCUUUAUUAAGAACAUAAGAAUGGCCGUACCAGGUCAGACCAAAGGUCCAUCUAGCCCAGUAUC